AUGUUCGACGUCGUCGUUGUUGGUGCCGGCCUGAGCGGCCUUCAGGCUGCCUACUCUGCGCAGCAGGCAGGAUUAUCCGUCGUCGUUGUCGAGGCGAGAAAUCGCGUUGGCGGCAAGACAUGGAGCGUGCCCUUGGCAUCUGGCCGAGGAUACGCGGAUCUUGGAGCUGCCUGGGUCAAUGAAAACACCCAACCGCGGAUUACCAAGUACAUCCGAAAGUUCAAUCUUCCCAUGGUCGCACAACGACUAGUCGGAAAAGCAGUCAUGCAAGUGUCCGAGAACGAGAGGAUCGAGUUUCCAUUUGGCAUCACACCCGAGCAUAUCGUCAUGUUAUUGUUUGAGGCAAGGCUGAUUGAGCGGUUGCAGUUCACUCCCGAAGAAAAGAAGAAUCUGGAAUUCAUCCGAGACCACAUUCAAGCCGAGUCGCUGAAGGGAGAGACUCCCAAAAGAGAAGAUGACAGCGUGUCUUUGGAUCAAUACGUGCGAAAUCUGGGUGCGCUUCCCAAGACUAUCGCCAUGAUCAAUCUUUGGGCGAAGGUUAUGCAUGGUGUCGAGUCUACGGAAGAGUCUGCUGCUUGGUUCAUCGACUACUGUCGUCGGAACAGAGGUCUCUUCUCGAUUCGUGCUGAUGACAAGACUGGUGGAAACUAUCAGCGCUUGCAUAAAGGCACGCAACAAAUCGCAAAUGGCAUUGCCGACUUGAUAGGUCGCAGCAACAUCCAUCUUUCCGCACCCGUCGCGUCGAUCGAACAUAGCUCGGCUCAUGUCACCGUCAUCACUACCAACGGCCAACGUUUCGUGGGAAAAAAGGCCAUUAUCUCCAUCCCAAGCACCAUGAUGCGUGACCUGAACAUCUCUCCAUCCUUACCUUCAAGACUGCGUGAAGUCAACGAUUCUUCUAGACUUGGGCACUACAACAAGGCUAUCUUAUGCUACGACAAGCCAUGGUGGAGAGAUCUCGGAUACAAUGGCUUCUUCAUGAGCUACACUGGCCCAAUCACAUUGGCUCGCGACACCAGUGUCGAUGAGACGGGUUUCUACUCGCUGACUUGCUUCGUCAACGGCAAGUUCGGCGAAGAGUGGUCUCAGCUCCACCCCCACGAGCGUCGCAACGUGGUACUCAAGCAAGUAGCGAAGGCUUUCAAUGUUGGGAAAGAUUCGGAAGUCUUCCGUCCGAUUGAAAUCUUCGACCAGAUCUGGAAGCAUGAGCAGUACAGCAAAGGGGCACUGGCCCCGAUCCAGGAGAUUGGACACUACACGGAGUAUGCCGAUGUCUACGGCAAGCCCGUAGGCAACCUUCAUUUUGUGGGUACGGAAUACUCUACAGAAUGGAAGGGGUACAUGGAGGGGGCACUGUGUUCUGGAGAGCAGGGUGCGAAGGAGGUGGUUGACGCCGUUCAACGUACUACACGUGCAAAUCUGUAA